CAUCUUAUAGAACGAUCGUGGUAUGCUGUCACAGAAACGUGUCUUGCAUUUACGGUGUUUCGUGAAGACUUUAGUCCAAGAUUUGUCGCUAUGUUCACAUUUUUAUUGUUUUUAAAAUGUUUUCAUUGGUUAGGAGAAGAUAGAGUAGACUUUAUGGAGAGAAGUCCAAUAAUAACUUGGGUUUUCCAUCUAAGAGUUGCAGCAUUGCUAAUGUUUUUAGGAAUCAUUGAUGCAUUCUUUAUCAAUCAUGCAUACUACAGUACAAUAACCAAAGGUGCUACAGUUCAGUUAGUCUUUGGAUUUGAGUAUGCUAUUCUACUGAUCGUGGUAGUGAAUGUCUUCCUAAAGUAUGUACUGCAUACGAUAGAUCUUCAAAGCGAGAAUCCCUGGGACAAUAAAGCUGUAUAUUUGCUCUAUACUGAAUUAUUCUUGGGUUUUUUCAAAGUAAUUUUAUACAUGGCAUUUAUGGCUGUAAUGAUAAAAGUUCAUACCUUCCCACUGUUUGCUAUCAGGCCCAUGUAUCUAACAAUGAGGGCAUUCAAGAAAGCAUUAAAUGAUGUCAUCAUGUCUAGACGAGCUAUUCGUAAUAUGAACACACUUUACCCCAAUGCCACUCCUGAAGAGCUGUCAUCUGGUGACAAUGUUUGCAUCAUUUGCCGAGAGGAGAUGGUGAGUGCAUGUAAAAAACUGCCAUGUGGUCAUAUCUUCCACACGAACUGCCUGAGAUCAUGGUUCCAGAGACAGCAGAGUUGUCCCACAUGCCGUAUGGAUAUUCUGAGAGCUCCAAUACCAACGGGUCAGCAGCAAGGACAACAAACCCCUCAGCAACAGCAGCAGCAACAGCAACAGGCAAACAUGAUGCCAGGACAAGGCCCAAUGAUGCCUCAGUUUCCAGGUGGUUUUCCGAUGUUUAUUCCACCCAUGGUACCUGGUCAGUUUCCUAUGCAGCAACAGCAGCAACCAUCCACUACUCAACCAGCAAGCAGUACGACAGCGACGCCAACAACAAGUACUUCAACCCAACCAACAGCAGUGCCUGGUGGAGCAGCCACCACAUACACUAUGCCCGGUUCAACAAUGGCAGGAUUUCCAGGCAUUUCGCCUUACAUGAUGCCACCUAUGUUUUCUCCUCCUUUCACUCCACCACCGAUGCCCCCUGCAAACUUUGCUGGCAUGAAUGAUGAGGAAUUGCGGGCAAUGGAAGGUAUAGAGAGAAGUCAUGUGGAAGCCAGAGUACAAUGUUUACGAAGCAUUCAUACAUUACUGGACGCUGCUAUGAUACAAAUACAGCAAUACUACUCACUUAUGUCUACUAUGGGACCUCAAGCUAAUAUGUAUCCUGCUCCGGCUUCGGCUUCAGCUUCGGCACCUGCUCCUGGUGUUGGAACCACACCAGCUGAACCAACCAAACAAAGUGAUUCUGUCAAAGGAGAGACACAAGCAGCGACCAGUGAGAAACCGUCUUCUCUUCAGUCUGAUGAAGAUUUGAGUGACCUCGAAGGUGCUGUCGGUUUCACGCCAGUCGAAGAAGUAAUUAUUCCCGAAUACCACGAUGAACCUGUUGAUGAAAUUGAUCAUCAAGAGAUUCGAAGGAGGAGAAUUGAGCGACUCGAAAGUGAAACAAAUUUGGCUGCACUCGACAAGGAGAGUGAAACCAAAUAAACAUUGUUCACGCAUUUAAUGCCACUACAAAUUUACAUACUAAAUUUAUGUAAGUUACAGCUGCCAAGGACUGAAAAUAAUGAAUGAAAAAGACAAGGUUGUAAUAGGAGACUCAAAUUAUGUGUACGAUUACAGUUUAAAAUUGGAUUCGUUAUUUAUUACGUUAACUCUACUUCCUGAAUACCUUAGCAUCACGAUAGCCUUGCGACAUUUAGUUCCAUCCUGCUGAAUGAUUGGUUGGUUUAAACCUACCUUUAUUUUAUUGAUAACCACAACUUAGUUUUAUCUUGUAUAUUUUUUUUGGAAAUUAAAUUUUUUCUUUCACUUGAAUAAUUGUAGACUUAUUUCAAUUCUUGAUUUUUGUUUUCAUUCAGCCAAAAUUUAAGCCCUAUGUUCAUCACAACUUUAUAUUUCUGUGUCUCUGGACCAUUUUGUUUCAUACGUACCGGUAAUCCUUUAAUUUGCUUUAGGGACAGCCAUUAAAGUUGGUUGUUUGCUGAAAGAAUUGACAGGGCUAACUUUGAUAUUCCAUUUGAAACUGCCACUAAUAAGAUGGCAAUAUUCAGGGCCUGAAAUUCAUGGUGGCUUCACAGGCAGUUGCCUUGAUGCCCAAUGAGUUUUCCUUUGUUUUAAUGUUUUCAAUUCCAAAUUUAAUCUCCAUUGCAGUAUUGUACAGUAAAAUUCUUA